CGCACCCGAAAUAUGGCGUUUCCACGCACACGAAGCCUCGUCCCAUCCUCGUGGUUCGGCGGCCGGGACUGGUGGGACUCCUGGGACGUUCCUUCGCGAUUGCUGGACCAGCAUUUCGGCUCCGAGCUGCGCGAUGAGGACCUGCUGCCUUCUCAGUUGUACCGAGGAGUCUCGCUACGCCCGUUCAGGAGGCAGCUGUCUCGGAACACGGGCGUGUCUGAAGUGAAGAAUGAGGAGGAAGCCUUCCAGGUAAAGCUCGAUGUGAGCCACUUCGCGCCCGAAGAGAUCACCGUGAAGACGGUGAACAACAGCAUCACCGUCACCGCCAAGCACGAAGAGAAGAUGGACGAACACGGCUUCGUCUCCCGAGAGUUCACCCGCCGUUACGUGCUGCCCGAGGGAGUCUCCCCCGAGGCUGUCACCUCCAGUCUCAGCCCCGACGGUGUCUUAACCGUUACGGCCCCCAAACAACCGCCCCUGGCAGCCAACGAGCGAGUCGUGCCCAUCGCCAUCCAGGGAGGGGUAACCACCGCGCUGCCAGUCAAGCACGAGUGAACGUCUUUUUAUAUACCACGCAGAAAUAAACGAAUCUGCAUGUUGACACCUAC